GGGGCGAGGACCCCCCGAGGGACAAGGACAUCAGUCCGUAAUUUGCCUCUGGUCCGUCGCGGGUGCCGGUGGGGAAAUGGUAAUUGAGGAGGGGGGCCCCGGCCCCUCAAAGCCCGCAGGUGACAGGCGCCCCCGGCAGCGGGAGAAGAAGGACAAGCAGCAGGACAAGCAGCAGGCCUGCGAGGGAUUCAGUAUUAGAGCCAUGAUGAAAAACAGCGUGGUAAGAGGGCCCCCACCUGCAGGAUCAGUCAAACAAAGACCAGCAAAACGCACAGCUUUUCGCAAGUUUUAUGACCGAGGAGACUUUCCAAUUGCUGUUCAGCAUGAGAGUGUAGGAAACAAAAUUGCCUGGAAGGUAGAGAUUGAAAAUCUGGACUAUCAUUACUUUCUGCCUUUAUUCUUUGAUGGGCUUUGUGAAACGGAAUUUCCAUAUGAGUUUUUUGCUCGUCAAGGAAUCCAUGACAUGCUGGAACAUGGUGGAAACAAGAUUCUUCCUGUUGUUCCUCAGCUCAUUAUCCCAAUAAAAAAUGCACUGAACCUUCGUAACCGACAGAUCCUCUGCACCACACUGAAAAUCAUCCAGCACCUGGUGGUGUCAGCUGAAAUGGUGGGGGAGGCCUUGGUGCCCUAUUAUCGGCAAAUUCUCCCAGUCCUAAACAUCUUUAAGCACAUGAAUGUUAAUUUAGGUGAUGGGAUAGAAUACAGCCAGCAGAAGCGCGAAAAUAUUGGAGUUCUCAUUCAAGAGACACUGGAACUCUUUGAACGCUACGGUGGAGAAAAUGCUUAUAUAAACAUUAAAUACAUGAUCCCCACUUAUUUGUCAUGCAUGUAAACUGAAUUAUAUUAAAUGGAAUGAUUCCAUCUAUGCUCUAAAAAAACUGUAUCUGACUCUGUAUGGCAUCUUGUUAGUCAUGCUUUAUCUUCUCUACAGCUGCUAAAAUAGUGGCUUCUGGGGCAUUGGAGUGUUAGCACUAUUGUGAACAAGGCUUUCCAAUACAUAAAUAGUGUCUGUUCCUUUGAUUACAAUGGUGUACUGUGCUUGUUUGUUCCCUGAAAGAAUCCCUCCUUUAUAACAGAGCUGACUCGAACAAGAAUCUGAGUUAAACCUUCACUUGUGUAGACAAUAAAACUAUAAUUUUCAUACGCG